AUGGGCACAAAAACCGAUUCAGUUAUAUUCAUUCUGACAAUACUGACGUUCUAUUACAUCGAUGUAUUUAUGCAACGACAAGACAUCAACCCUGUCCCACCCUCGCGAUCAAUAGAGUGGGGAGAGUACAAUUUCCUGCAUACGACAGACAUACACGGUUGGCUAGCUGGACACAAGAAAAAGAGCGCACCUGAACCGAAUGGUAGUGGAGACUGGGGGGACUAUGCCUCUUUUGUAGAUCACAUGCGCUCCAAAGCCAAUGAUAAAGGCGUUGAAUUAUUCGUAAUAGAUAGUGGAGAUCUGCAUGAUGGUAGUGGACUAUCGGAUGCUGUCAAACCAGGAGAUGUUAAUGGACAUGACACCAAUAACAUAAUCUCAAUGCUGGAUAUUGAUAUGCUCACUAUUGGUAACCAUGGUUUAUACAAUCCGGAUGUUACGCUCGACAUCUACAAGAAUUUCACCACAAAGUGGAGCAAACGCUAUCUGACAUCAAACACAAAUAUAACUGACCCAGACACGAAUGAAUCUGUGUCAAUAGGCGAAAGAUAUCUUAAACACGUCACAAAAUCCGGACGCAAAUUUACUGCGUUUGGUAUACUAUUCAAUUUUCCAAACUCAAAUUGGAGAGCACACGUACAACCGAUCGAAGAAAUGGUCAAAGAAGCCUGGUUUGAUGAAGCGACAGAUGAAGCUCCUGAGUUCUUCUUAAUCAUAGCGCAUAUGGCUAUCAAUGACUCUAGUUGGAAUGUUGUUUUAGAAAAAUUAAAGCAAAAGCAUCCUCUGGUUCCAAUUAUCAGCUUUGGCGGACAUCAACACGUUAGAGAUUGCGUUUUCAACUAUGAUGAUGGAAGGGACGUACGCAUGGCAAGUGGUCGGUUCUUAGAGACUGUUGGCUGGAUGGGUGUAAAUAUAUCAAGCGACGGAGAGCUGGAAGUCUCACGUAAAUAUUUAGAUGCAAACCCCGUUGGUUAUGCAUGGCAUUUAGAUAUAGACAAGUCAAAGCUUGUGACUCACUUGGGAAAGAAAAUUAAGGAAGAACUAAUGAAACUUUGGAACAAAUUAGGACUCGGGCAAAUUAUCGGAAAGAUAGACAGAGAUCUUUACCAAAGUCGUGUACCUGCUACACAUCCAGAUUCACUUACGUAUUGGAUGAAACAUGAAGUCUUGCCGUCAAUCAAAAACCCUAGCCGCGAGUAUGAGGGCGUACCGAGGCUAAUUUUGAUGAAUUCUGGUGCUAUCAGAUUUGAUUUAUACAAGGGAAUGGUUAACAAGAAUGAUGUGUUUACGGCAUUUCCAUUCAGCAAUUCGUUACCGUUUGUUAAGGAUGUGCCAUUCAGGAUUGCUAAGAAGAUGCUCGUAACACUUAAUAACUUACCUGAAAAUCCUUUCCUGUCCAGUACAAACGAAUUAAAAAGCCUAUCUAUCGGAUACAAAACUGAUGAUACAUGCCCUGGAGUAGGAGAUGAUGUUGCACAUGCAAGAUUGGAAUAUUAUGAUCAGCCAGCACUAUUUUCAACCGAACUAGAUAGUUUAGAGGAUGAAGAUUUAGUUGACGUUGUUUUCAUAUCAUUGUGA